GAUAAGUGAAUUCGUUUCUUUUAUAUUCAUAUUAAUGUACAAUUCAUACAUACUUUGUAGCAAACGUUUCCAAAGAGUGUAAAUAUUAACAUAAGUUAGAGGUAUUAACCAUAAAGUCGUACACAAUCGCCACUCCCCUAUGAGGGUUUUGCCGUCUACUAAACUGGCAAUGAAGGCAUUACAAGUCUUCAACAACUUCUCAAUCUUAUUUUUAAAGUGGAAUUAAUUUUCUUCAACAAGAAGGAUUCGAAAAGAAUGAGGCAGUCUGUGUGUUUGAUUAGCUUGGAAUAGUGUUAAAAAUGAUGACGGAAAAGAAAUUUCGAAUUCCGGGAGAGGACCAAGAGCUUCGGCAACCCCCGGUACACUGGCAGCUGAAAUACGACACGACUCAUGACGUCAGAUUCGAGUCGAUGAGGAACCCGGUUCGUCACGGUCAACUGCACAGGAUUCACCGAGACUUGACGAAGGAGUCGGAACGAAAGAUUCGAGCCUAUGAGCGGGGACAACGGGUUUUUACCGCAGAAGUUCGGAAAUACUCUCAGAAAGUCCAGGACAGACUACUGAAACUUAAGAACAUCACCAACAGAGUGAAUACCUUUCUGUCUCUCAAGUACAGUUACAAUGACUGGAAAUUACACGAUUCAAAUCUUAACCAUUCAGGUAAAAACUUUGAUAAGAAACAGUUACACAAAAAUCAAAAGCUGCUGUUCAGCGUAUCUCAUCGAGAAAAUCCAGAACAAAAUGACCGUGUUGAAACAGGACAGGCACGUGACGAUUCCGCCUUAAGAACCCUUCCACCAAAAACUAUGAUUGUCCAACGAGAACUAACCAUGCCUUGAAAAGUUAAACCAGAAAUACCGGAAGUAGAUGGAUUGUGGUUACCCUCUCACUUGUGAUCAAAUUGUCUGAAUUAUUUAAUUAUUAAUCUUAAUUGUCGGUGAAACUAUCGGAUCCUGACUUAAUGACAGCAAUUCAAAAUAAGGUUACGGAAGAUAUUGACUAUAGAUAUCUGUGAUGAACGGCUGCUAGUAUGACAGUCAAGUUUAUUUAUUUUUAAUGAACGUACAGUCAAUUUCUCAAGUUACAAUAUAAAAACAUAAGCUAUAUAUCUGAAAAAAAAACCCAAAUAAAUUAAGAUUUACUGUUGAUUUACAAUUUCAUAAGAAAUGAAAAUGCUUUUCUUGCAAUAUGGAAACAACACGAAACUUUGUUUUCCAAUGCUAAAUGUUAAAGCUAAUGGUAUGGUAAUUUGUCCCCAAUUCUAAUAUAAAAAAAAACCCAACUGACUCCUGGUAAAAAGGUGUCAUUGGUAGUAUCUGAUCAUUUAGCCUUAUUUAGCCUUGGUAGCUGAG